CGCGUUGUUUUCGGGAGGGCGUUCCUCUGAGGACUCGGUCAGCGCCACGGUUCUCUCGGUCUGUCGCCUCACGCACAUCUGAGACUCUUUUACCCGGUCGUAAACCCCUCUACUCGGUCACUCUCUGCUCGGAUCCGCGGCGUGGGUGGUGGUCGGGGCGCGUCUGCCUUUCUCCAGCCCCGGAGGGAGGCUCAGUCCCGGGCAGAGGAGACGGACCAGGCCGCAGACAUGGAGGCCCGCCGCAGGACGUGAGGGGACAACCUUGAGUUCUUCGAGAUGGACAUGCCACCUUUGUAUCUGCCCAUUAAGAAGAAGAGUAUCCAGUGUCCAGUUGUUCAAGAGACGCAUAGAAUUUGUGAUAUGAAGAAUGACGGUCCAAUGAAUCAAAUGAACGGAACAAAAAGAUUUGAGGCCCAUCCGAGGGUCCCGUUAACGACCAUUGAUUACCCAUCCACCAGCUGCUCUGUGAUGUCAUCGGCCCCUCUGUCCAAUGGCGCGGCUCCCGGCUUCAUGAUCCCGCCUCCUCCUCUGGUGCUCCAGGGCUCCGGACCUCACAGGGACCCGGGCUGGAACUGUACCCAGGAUCGGAGCUCUGACCCCUGGGCUCCCGGGCGAGAGGCCUGGGGCGGCCGGAAGGUCCCUGCCUGGGGGUCCAACCGAGACGGAGGUACAGAUGCAGGAAGACAAGGAUUUGGAACAGAUUUUCAACCACAACCACAACCAGGACCAAGUACUGGACCAGGACUAGACCCAGGUCUCCAGGCGGGACCAGACCGAGGAUGGACCCCUGCCCCAGAGCGAGAGGAGCGCUGGAGGGAGUCGCAGUGGAGCAACAGACCCCCCGUCAUCAGCAACGGUCCAAAUGCAGCUGUGGCUGGACCCUCCUCUGGACCCUCCUCUGGACUCUCCUCUGGACCCUCCUCUGGACCCUCCUCUGGACUCUCCUCUGGACCCUCCUCUGGACCCUCCUCUGGACCCUCCUCUGGACCCUCGUCUGGACCCUCGUCUUCUCCGAUCCCAGGACCCUCCUCUGGACCCUCCCCUGGACCCUCGUCUUCUCCGAUCCCAGGACCCUCCGGACUCCAGUCCAGUCCAGACCUCAAACCAUCCACUAGUCUGGGGAGGAAGGAGCCCCCAGUUUACCCCCCAGGGAGCCAGGAGGAGCAGUGGCAGACCCAGAUCUCAGCCAAAGGGCGGGUCACGUGUCCUCGGUGUAAAAGCGUGAGCCGGAAAACCGUGGAGGGACUGAAGAAGCACAUGGACUCGUGCCGAGCGGAGCCGUACACGUGUCCUCACUGCGGUAAACAACUCAAGACCAACACAGGGAUGAAGUACCACAUCAUGGCCGACCACAGUCUCCUGCCUUCGUCAGACGCCAAAGACAUGGACGACCGAGCCACAAAAGAGAAAUUGAGGAAGAUCCUGAAGAGGCUGGGAAAGCUCAAGUGCUCCAGAGAGGGCUGUGGCGCGGGCUUCACCAGUGUCAUGGGUUACCUGUACCACACCAGGACCUGUGGGAAACAGCAGGACGAGCUGGAGAAGCUGGUGCUGAGCUGCUCUCACUGUGGAAAGAACUACAGGUCCAAGGCCGGACUCGAGUACCACAUCCGUAACGAGCAUGCGCCGGCUCCGGAGGACUCGGAGCAGCAGACCCAGCCUCUCGACGACGUCUCCCCAGAGACGUCAGCCUGCGGUCGGGCGAAGAGGGCCUCGGCUCAGGCCGCCAACAUCCAGAUGGCCCAAAUCGCCCAGAAUGAACUGCCCAAGGACUGGGGCAAGAGGAAGUUCCAGUCUGAUUUGGUGCCAGAGGACCACAAGCUGCAGUACACGCGCCCUGGCCUGCCCUCCUUCAGUCAGGAUGUUCUGAAGAAAUGGAGGAGUGAAGUGAAAAUGUACCGAAAAGUCCAGUGUCCGAACCCGGGCUGUGGCUGCACCUACACCAGUGUGUCCGGACUCAAAGCCCAUCUGGGACUUUGCACCAAGGGGGAUUUUGCAGCUGGGAAAUAUCGGUGUCUGAUCUGCAGCAAAGAGUUCAAUUCAGAGAGUGGAGUCAAGUACCACAUCAACUCUGUCCACUCACAGGAUUGGUUUGUCACGAAUAAAAAACACUUAAAAUCCGCUCCUAAAGAUUGCCCUCACUCCUUCGACAUUCAUCACCACCAUCAUCACCAGCAGCAGCACCGGCACGUCCACACGCCCUGCCCCCACCAAAUGCAACCUCUGCCGCCCCUGCACCACAUCGCCGCCCAAUCGCACCAAAACCCACAGAUCUACCACGACGAGGACCCGGCGCCUCGCCAGGGAGACGCCCGGAGCCACCAUCAGCACCACGUCCGCGGGCCCGAGCUCUACACGCCUAUGGAGUCUCCACGGACCUCGGAGCAGGCGCGACAGGAGCAGGCGAGGCAGGAGCAGGCGCAGCAGGAGCAGGUGCGACAGGAGCAGGCGAGGCAGGAGCAGGCGCGGCAGGAGCAGGGGCGGCAGGGCGGAGCGGCCAGGUGCGGGUUUGAGUACGGAGGCCUGCGUGGAGAGAGCAGAGCGGACGGGCAAAGUGGGUUUUCUCUGGAGAUGGAGCGUCAGAUCUGGGAUGAGAAGAGGCGAAUGCUGGAGUCUGUGGAGAUCGUGAGGAGACAACCCACCUGAAAGAUUGUGUUGGCAUUUAAAGGUGCACUGUGUAACUUUUCUGGAGGGACAGUCUGCUACCUAGUGUUGGUUUCUUAAUUUUGCCGUUCUUUGACCUCACUUCAAAAAAGAUUGGCCAAAAUAUUUGCUAUAAACACUUAAAUCUCUCAGAAAAUGACUUAAAAGUGGAGAAAUGCUCUUUCUGCCUGGACAGAUCAUUUUACUCAAAAAUAAAACUCUAGACUAGAAUUAAGCACAGAAUCUCAAGCGAGUAGAUCAUAAAUCUGAAAACAAGAUGAAUAACCUGAUGUAAGUUUUAAAAUCUUGACCAGAUCAGAGAAAUCUGCAGUGCGAGCAGUUUGGGUGACAUCACACUCAGUCCACUUUUAUGUACAGUUUGUUAAAAAGACUGAAGUCUGAAAAAAGUUCCUGAAAGUUUAACUUUUCUGUGUGAAGUUUGCAUGUUCUCCUUGUGUCUCUAGUUUCUCCUGUCAGCCCAAAACAUGCACAACAGGUCAAAUCCUCCAGCUCAGGUCCAGACCAAGACCAGCCCAAGAUCUGGAGGUGGUCCCACGGCUCCUGACAGGUGUAACCUAAAGACACUGGAGGGUGGGUCAAAAUCAGGUUUAACCCAGUUUAAUGCCAUCCUUUGGAACAUUCCAGACAAAGCAAUAACAUCUCCAUGGAGACGAGCAGGUAACAAACCCUCCACCAGAAAAGUUACACAAUGCGACUUUAACUGUGGUUGCAGAUUGACGUGGUAAAGGGCCUGUAGAGGACAGGUCGAAACACGGACGAAGAGUUGAUUUGCAAAAUGGAUCUUCAGUUUGUAAAUGUUUUUUUUUUUUCAGUGUUCACAGAUAUUAUCGAUAAAAAAUGUGGAUUUGAUCAAAGAAGAAUGGGAUAAUUAUAUUUGAGUGUAAUUAUAUUUACACUAAAAUAGAGACUAUUGAAAACGCUGUAUUUGCAAAUGGACUCUUCAGAUUUGUUGACCUGGUUUAUGGUUAAUAUCUCUGUAAUUACUAGGCCUAUCCACAUGAAACAAAGCAAAAUUAUAUAGAUUUGUGGACCCAAUUCCAAACAGAAAUAAUGAAAUUUCUUUCAAACAUUAUCAACUCCCCACAGAGUAACCUCCACCCCUGCCCUGCAUCUGGAAAUCGAUGUCUUUUACUCCUAUUUUUUUCCUUCAACUUUAUUCCUCAAAUUUUAAACUUUCUACCAAAAAAAAAACAAAAACAGUUUUUAGCGUCCACAAACUAAAGAAGCUGUAUGUCUUAGGCCAGAAUUGUACUUCUGAACACAAGAGACUGUUAGUUGUCAAAUUGGUAGUUCUUUUAUUGUUGUAAAGUGUCUUCACUUGUUGACUUUUCUAACUCUGUCCCAGAUGUGCUUUGGUAGGCGACUGUUGUUCAUGUUUUAAAUGUUUAAAUUAGUAAAGGUUGACAUAUGCAUUUGUCUAA